AUGACGCUAUAUGGAUGGAAAAAGUGGGUAAUCUUCUGCAAAAUAAAAUUUAGGAGUCCAGAAACCUCAAAGAGUUAAUUAAAUAAAAUCAUAAUUUCAAGGACUUUUUAUUUAUAUACAGACGAUACUGAGAAGAAUGGGACAUUUUAAAAUUUUUUCUAAAUUGCCCAAAGUCUCACAACAACAUGUUACAUUUACAAUAUAAAUAAUUAUUUACAUUCUUAAUUUAAUAUUUUAAAAUUUAAUUUAUCCUCUUUUUGCAUAUAAGCCAAGUUAAUAAAACUUAUCUAUGUCAAAUAUAUUUUGUCCUUCUUCCCAACACAAAAUUAUGAUAUUCCUUAACGCUAAAUUUACCAAAACAGAUCGCACUUGAUUAUUCACAGCAUGGAAAUAGUGUAAAAAAUUAUGUUUUAAACUUCUUGCUUUUUUGCUAGGAAUAUUAUUUGUUUUAUGUUAGACAUAUUAUAUUAACCAUAUUUAUUAAACAAAAUUUUGUUUACUUUUAUCAGAAAUGAAAAAAUUUUCCUCAAAGACAAUAAAAAAUGA